CCUCACGUAAUCCGCGUUACAUGUAAAGUCAUUUUUCCAAACUUUUCCGUCUCAUUUCACUUUCUUUUCAAAACAGCAGCGCAAGCAGAGCAGAGAGAUGGAUCCUCUCCUCCUUUCUUCGAUCCCUUCUUGGAGCUCUCUUGUUAUUUUAGUCUCGUUCUUGAGCUACUUAGCUAUCAUUGGAUCUAUUCUGCCUGGCAAGAUCGUCCAUGGCGCCACUCUAUCUGACGGCACCCGUCUCUGCUACCGUUGCAACGGUCUGUUGUCACUUCUUCUGUUGGUUACUCUUUUAGGAAUUGGUGUUAGCACAAAGGUGAUAUCACCCACGGUAGUUGCAGAUAAAGGACUUGAGCUGCUCUCUGCCACCUUUGUAUUCAGCUUUCUCGUUUCUUUAGUACUAUAUACUGCUGGCCACCAGUCGAAGGAUCGGGGUUCCUCUUUAAAGCCACACGUCACAGGAAACCUAAUCCAUGACUGGUGGUACGGUAUACAGCUGAAUCCAAAUGUCAUGGGAGUUGACCUCAAAUUUUUCUUUGUUAGAGCUGGAAUGAUGGGAUGGCUAUUAAUCAAUCUUUCUGUUUUAGCAAAAAGCAUUCAAGUUGGCAACAUGCACCGUUCGAUGAUCCUUUACCAGCUCUUUUCUGUGCUGUACAUUCUGGACUAUUUCUUUUACGAGGAGUACAUGACCUCCACAUGGGACAUCAUUGCAGAGAGGUUGGGCUUCAUGUUGGUCUUUGGAGAUCUAGUCUGGAUUCCUUUCACCUUUAGUGUACAGGGUUGGUGGCUUUUGGGAAACAAAGUGGAGCUAACAAAAGCAGCUGUUGUUGCCAACUGCUUAGUUUUUUUAAUUGGGUAUCGAGUUUUUAGAGGAGCCAACAAGCAAAAGCAUGUUUUCAAGAAAAACCCCAAUGCUCAUAUAUGGGGCAAGCCUCCAAAAGUUAUUGGAGGGAAGUUGCUUGCUUCAGGUUACUGGGGAGUUGCUAGGCACUGCAAUUACCUUGGGGACUUGUUGCUGGCACUGUCAUUUAGCUUACCUUGUGGAGCCAGUUCUAUAGUUCCAUACUUCUACCCAUCGUAUCUUCUUAUUCUGCUGAUAUGGAGAGAGAGAAGAGAUGAAGCUCGGUGUGCACAGAAGUACAAAGAAGACUGGAAAGAAUACUGCAAGCUUGUUCCAUGGAGGAUAUUGCCUUACAUCUACUAGAAAUGAACAGUGGGCGUCUGCCUGUUAUAAAACCACUCGACAUUUUCAAAAGGAAUGUCUACAUGAAUCAUACAGAUUAGAUGUAAGCAACACAAGACUUCCUUCCAAGAGAGGUUUUGUAGCUGUAGGAAGGAACAUGCACUUCUUGUUUUAUUCUAGCAUGUACCUUUGGUUGCCGAUGGGAUCUAUACUCAUCUCUUUUUGGAUAAUUUCAUGAAGCAUUCAGUUAUCUUUUAUGCAUUAUUCUUAAGCUAAUUAUCUUUCUAUA